AAUUCACAUAAAAGCUCGCGUAAUUUAUUUCACUAUUUGUUUUGUUUUUCAUAUUUCUCGUUAUUUAUCCGAUUCAACGAUUCAUUUCAGUUGAACAAUUAUUGAGUGAACUACGUAUGAGAACGGGCGUAUGAAUUGUAACUCCAACCGAAAUAUAAAAUUCAGUUUAUAUAUUUUUUAAAAACAUCAACAUUCAUCUCUGUUUAAAGUUAAUAUUUAUUAAGGUGACUACUUGUGGUUUACCGCCGUUCUAUGUAAAUGAGUGCAUCAGCAGUGCAUCUCAUAUUUAGAUGAGUCAACCACAUUCGACGUCAUUAGCAAAGAAAACCAUCAAAUUAAACAGCUUUUGUAUUGAUACAUUGUAGAGGAAUGUCCGUGUCACGUUCGCGUAGUGCAUUGUCGCCCAACAACAGUAUUACAAAUGGAAACAACAGCGGAGGCAGCGGCAUAGGCGUCGGCGGUGGCGGCAGCAGCAGCAGCAGCAGCGGCUAUGUCAAAGACCGAUACAUACAUGAGCUGCCAUUGCAGCAGCUACGUCUGCUUUGUGAGCAUUUGGACGAAAUGCAAAUUUGGAAGCAAUUAGCCGAAAUCAUGCAAUUACGACCAGCAGAUGUGAAGUUCAUAAACCAGCAGCAGGAGUUGGGUAAAUCACCAUCAUGGCAGUUGAUACAAAAGUGGGGCAUUGAAUGCAAACAUACAGUCACUGAACUCUUCAUGUUGUUGUGGAAAAAAGAGCAACAUCACGCCAUGCGUAUGCUGAAAGACUUUGUGGAGCGCAAAUAUCAGCUGCUUAUACCCCGCAGCCAACCGCGCUUAACAAUGCUUAUGGCCGCUAAUUCCGAUAUUAAACAACUCAAUGGGCCCAUAAACACCUCUUCAUCUGGCGUAAGCAAUUCCAAUAAUAACACUUCCUACUCAUCCUAUGAACAGACCGGUCCUACAUCCACACAACGCAUCGAACGAGAUGUGCGUGAAUUCGCCCGUUAUAUGAUCGAAAUCAGUUACGACGAACUAACCGAAGCUACUGAAAAUUGGAGUGACCGCUUAAAGCUCGGACGAGGCGGUUUUGGUACCGUUUAUAAGGGCACAUGGAAGUGCACAGAAGUUGCUGUCAAACAGUUGCAAUACAACGCGGUAAACGGACGUGACAGCAGCAAAGUGCAGCUACAACAAAGUCUCAACGAGCUAAAACAUUUAAGCCGCUACCGUCACGACAAUGUAUUGCCACUUUUUGGAUAUUCUUUGAAUGGCGACAAACCCUGCCUGGUGUAUCAGCUAAUGAAGGGUGGUACUUUAGAGCAGCGUUUGUACUCAAAAAAAGAAACCCCGUUGACUUGGGAGCAGCGUGUAGAAAUUUGCUUGGGUGCAGCGCGUGGCAUUAACUUCCUGCACGUUUGUGAUGUAAAACCGCUCAUACACGGUGAUAUCAAGCCUGCCAAUGUACUGCUCGAUGUGUGUUUGACGCCGCGUAUAGGGGAUUUCGGUUUGGCGCGCGAGGGCCCGGCUGCCGUGAGUCGUUCUGUGACAGUAUCACAAAUUUAUGGCACUAAACCAUAUUUACCGCAAGAGUUUUUGCGUGGUAAAAAGCUAAGCACAAAGGUGGACACAUACAGUUAUGGUGUUAUGUUGCUAGAAGCAUUCACCGGCUUGCGUGCAGUAGACCAUAAUCGCAAACCAGAGUUGUUGGCAGAAUAUAUCAAAGGCAUACGCAAAGAUGAGCUAGGCAAUUUGAUCGAUGCGCGUCAACCGAUACAAAAUGGCGAGCGUGAUAUGUGUAAGAACUUAAUUUUAUUAGGCACCCAAUGUGUAGCUUUUGAAGCCGACGACCGUCCUGAGAUGGAAUACGUCUAUGAUACGAUACGUUUUUGCAAGAUAUACCCCGAUUAAGAAAAGUACAAAGAGUAAAAGAAAAUACAAAUACAUUCCUGUUGUGCCUUAAAAUACAAAAAUCUCAAGUUUUGUGAAUUUUUUUUUUUCGAAUAUGUUUCUUAUACAUAAGCCGGUGGCAGCUGUGACUAUAAGAGCUAGUGACCAAACGAUGAAAAUUACUGCUCUGUGCUUAAUUGGGGAAGCAAUAAAAUAGAAUAAUCCAAUUGCAUUUACUAUUUACGCAGAUGCUACUGCUAAGCAUAAAAUAUAUAAUUAUUGUUAAAAUUUGUUAAUGGAAAGCAAGUUUUUGCUUUUUAGCAUUCGUAUCGGAUUGUUGAUUUACGUACCAUACAUGUAAUGUUUAAUA